CGAGGCGCGGGGGAGGCAGACGGCGGCCAUGGCGCUCCUGAGGGGUGUGUUCAUUGUUGCGGCGAAGAGGACUCCUUUUGGGACCUACGGAGGUUUGCUGAAGGACUUCACGGCCACCGAUCUGGCAGAACAUGCUGCUCGAGCUGCUCUGGCUGCUGGCAAGGUCUCUCCAGAGAUGAUUGACAGCGUCGUUGUCGGCAGUGUCAUGCAGAGCGCCGCAGAUGCCAUUUACAUCGCCAGACACGUUGGUUUACGCGUGGGAGUUCCUGUCCCAGUUCCAGCCCUCACUGUCAACAGACUUUGUGGCUCUGGUUUCCAGUCCAUUGCCAGUGGAUGUCAGGAAAUUUGCCUUAAUGAGUCAGAAAUCGUUCUGUGCGGUGGAGCUGAAAACAUGAGCCAGGCUCCUUACGCAGUUCGAAACAUUCGCUUUGGAACCAGAUUAGGAGCAGAACUCAAGUUGGAAGACACGUUGUGGGCGGCUCUGACGGACACGCACGUUAAAAUCCCGAUGGCCAUCACAGCUGAAAAUCUGGCUGCCAAACACAACAUCACGCGGGAGGACUGCGACCGAUACGCCUUCAAAACGCAACAGAGAUGCAAAGCUGCUCAGGACGCUGGUUACUUCAACGCUGAGAUGGCACCCAUCGAAGUGAAAACGAAAAAGGGGAAAGAAAAUAUGCAAAAGGACGAGCACCCAAAACCCCAAACCACCCUGGAACAGCUGGCAAAGCUCCCGUCGAUCUUUAAAAAGGAUGGAACGGUGACGGCUGGGAAUGCUUCAGGGGUGUGCGACGGAGCUGGCGCGAUCAUCAUCGCCAGUGAAUCAGCACUUAAAAAACACAAUCUUACUCCUCUGGCAAGAAUAGUGGCCUAUCACUCCUCUGGCUGUGACCCUUCCAUCAUGGGCAUCGGCCCUGUACCUGCAAUUACUGAGGUUCUGAAGAAAGCGGGCUUGACCCUGAAGGACAUGGAUUUGGUAGAGGUGAACGAAGCUUUUGCACCUCAGUAUCUGGCUGUCGAAAAGGUUUUGGGCCUCGACCCUGAAAAAACCAACGUCAACGGAGGCGCCAUCGCUAUCGGCCAUCCUUUGGGUGCUUCGGGAUCCCGGAUCACGGCUCAUCUGGUCCAUGAAUUAAGGCGUCGUGGUGGGAAGUACGCGGUCGGCUCGGCUUGCAUCGGCGGUGGCCAAGGUAUCGCUGUCAUCAUCGAGAACACGGCCUGAGAGAUUCCGGAGACUGCAGGAAUUCCCCAAAUUCCUAAAUUCCUGAGAAACUUCUGCCUUUUUGUGCCAAUAAAGCCUCACUCCCCGCCUUCCUUUUGUGCCGUUCCUGCAAGGUAAAGGAAUAGCUGAGAAGUCUUGAGUUCUGAACAAAAAGCUGAAUGUCUUUCUAAGUAAAGGAAGUGUAACAUCGAUAUAAUUUCACACUAACGAAGUAUUUUCUCAAAGCCUCUUUUCAAUCAAAAGUAAUAUAUUUCUGUAGGCGAAAUUCUUGUCGUUUCCUGAGGAAAUUGCCUGUCCAACUUUCACCAAACCUGCCUUAAAAAUAGCAGUCAGUGUAGCCCUUUAAGCAAGUAGGGUUUAAAGUGUUCCUCUACCUGCUGCCUGGCACAUGUGCCCCUCUCUUAUCAUCAGGAAAUGUAAAAAAAUUUAAUUGGCAGCCUUAUUAAGUCUGUACUGAUUGUAGAUCAAUGGCUGUUACCUGGAGCCUGCUCUUUUGUAAGGGAAAAGAAAAUCAGCCAAAGCUGAAAUCUCCACUGUGCCUCCCAAAAGAACAAUAAACAAACAUAACAGAAAAUUAAAAAA